AUGGGCAGCUACACUUUCAAGUGGGAGCAUCCCGCCGAAGAAGUGUUCGUCACGGGCACCUUUGACAACUGGACGAAGAGCGAGCAGUUGGCCAAGGAGGGUGACGUCUUCCAGAAGACGGUGGCCCUGAAAGAUGCAUCCCAGAAAAUAUACUUCAAGUACGUCGUCGACGGAAACUGGACGGUAAACGAGUCUGCCCCUAAGGAGGCCGAUCACGAAGGCAACGUCAACAACUUCAUUACUCCUGAGGACAUUCUCAAGUCCGACCCCGCAGCUGCCUUUAUCAGUACCGUUACUCCUCAGUCCACUACCGCUAAAAUGGCGAGUGAGCAGCCCGUUGAGAAGUCCGAGGGUAUUGCUACCCCCUCUGACGUUCCCGGCGGCUUCCCAGCGACCCCCAACACCGAGUUGGACAAGACGGUCACCAUCAAUCCUCUGCCCGCUGCUGCUGGUGCCAUCAAUCCCAUCCAGCUCGCGCCUGGCGAGAAGGUUCCUGACGUUGGCAUUGAGAGCACCAAUGAGCACGUCAAGCUGGAUCAGGAGUCUUAUGAGAAGAGCGACGCCCUUCCCGGCGUCGUCGCCGCCGACCUGCCUCCUAUCACCAGCAAUCUGAUUCCCGAGUCCAGCCUUCCCGUGACUGCCGCCACCGAGGACGUCCACAUCAACACUGUUGGUACUGACGCCACCACCGUCGGCCUGGCUGCUCAAGUCCCACUGGAGGCCAAGGUUCCCGAGGUCGUCAAGGAGAGCCAAGAAAAGGCCAAUGUCGAGCCUGAAGCCGCGGCCGUCCCCGAAGAAGUCGAGGCCAAGGCCAAGGUUGAGGAGGAGCUCAAGGAGAAGGUCACCGAAGCUCCAGUCACCUCUGAGGACAAGUCUGCCGUCGAAACUGGUGCCAUUGCUACUGAUGCCGCCACCACCGACAUUGUCCAGCCGGAGCCCGUGGAGGAGACUGCCGCCAAGGAAGAGACCCCAGAGGUUUCUCCCGAAGUCCCCGCCGAGGUCAAGGAGUCCAUCGUCGAGGCCGGCAAGAGCCCCGAGGCUGCCGCCAACACUGCUGCUGUCGAGGAGAAGAAGGAAGUCGAGGCCGAGCUACUGAAAGAGGUCAAGCCGGUCGAGGCUGUUGACGAGCCCAAGGCUGAGGAAACCAAGGCCCCAGUUGAGGUGCCCGUUACCUCUGCUACCAUUACCGAUGCCGUUGAGGAGUCCAAGACCACUGAGGAGCCCAAGGUCGAAGAGCCCCAGACUGAGGUGGCCAAGACCGAGGCCCCUGCCCCCGAAGUUGCCCCCAUUGACACUACGGUUGCCUCAGAAGCUCCCAAGGCCGACGCCGUCGACACCCCUGUCACCGAGACUGACAAGACAGAGGUGCCUCCUGUUGACGCGCCUACUGAGGAGCCCGCCAAGGCCGAUGCUGCCAACGGCACCAACGGCACUCACGACGAUAAGGCUUCUGAGAAGAAAAAGAAUCGUUUCAGCUCCUUCUUCAGCCGAUUCAGGCACAGGUUCUCGGACAAGAACUAG